AUGAGCACACCAUUUGCCAUCAAUUUAUCAAAGUCCGCUGCAGUUUACAACAAAAUUACACGUGACAACAGAAAACAGAGCGCAGCUUUCAACGGCCUACUUUUAGCAGAGCAGACACCUACGAGGGUAGAGGAAACUUGCAGCAGCGAACCAAUAGACCUGGAAAUCCACAGUGGGGAGCUUUCGAAACCCAAGUUCACUCCGAGCGAAUUUCCACCUUCAUGGGUUGUGAGAGCUUGUGUUUUAUUGUGGAAGAAGGUCCAGUCGCAGUACUCUCCAGAAAGUGGAAAAUAUUCAUCCGGUGAACAACUCAUCACGGACCUAAUCAGGCUUAGUGGCAAGAAGGAUCGAAUGUUAGCCUCUGGGGUGUGGCAAGCCUUAUUGGAAGAGUCUGCUAUACAGCCAUUCGAUGUGAUGGGUACCGGAAAAGUUGCAGAUGUUCCUGAAUUCAUGGAUUCUCCAGAGAAAAUGUAUCGAUGUACGUGCCCGUUGGAUGCCAGUCUUAGUUUAGAAGAGGAUCUGGAGGGUGUAUCAACAAACGCAUUGCGCAAACAAGAAAAACCAGUAGAUUUUAUUGGAAGAAAAAGCAUGUUUUCGAGAUCACAUACCCUCAGUACCGAUGCAGAUGACGCAGUUACAGCAGAGGACCGGUUUCAUCUGUUAAUCGAACGUCUCUAUUGUCUAGCCUCUGCCGCACUUCUUAGACGUAUUCUGGUUAAGUUGCCCAGUCAACGCACAGAAGUGGAGGUUGAAUUUGUCAGUCAAGAGCUCCUGAUGGUUCCUGCUUUGGCAAACUUUCCAAACUCUGUAAGGAAUGAGUUGAGUAAAUGCAUCAAGUAUGAAGUUCAUCCACGGUCCAAUAAACUUGUGUUUCGUCAAGGAGAUCCUGGAAUUUGUUGGUAUAUAAUAUACAAGGGAAGUGUCUGGGUUCACAUCAAAAGUCAAGGCUAUGUGUGUCGUUUGUACGACGGUGAUGACUUUGGUAAACUUGCACUUGUGACAGGAGACCCACGGGCCGCUAGUAUCAUUUUGGCAGAAGACAACUGCCAUUUCCUACGGGUGGAUAAAACCGACUACGAGCGCGUGCUGGUUGAUGUUGAGGCAAAUAUUGUGCGCCUGCGUGAGGGAGAUUCAGAUGUUUUAGUCCUAGAAUGUGUGAAAGACACUUGUAGAGAGUCUGCGAGUUCCGUACACGGUCUUGAACAAACGUCUACAAUGGAACCAGAAAACAAGAGACAUACACGUGCGAACAAUCAAUUAAUUAUAGCUGGGACAAUCGAUAAAAUCCUGCGGCAUAUACUGGACGCUCGGCUUUCUAUCUACGAUGACCAGCUGCCUACGUUGGUGUCUCGGCUUGAGAAUCUCUAUCGACUGUGCCCGUUUUCACAGGUGGAGAUCGAUAUUGUCGUUGAGGAGUUUAUCCUGACCUUGACAAUGUUCACCACUAAUUCGGAUGUAUUCAAUUUGCUGUUCGCUUACCUCGGUCAGGAUCGUUCCAACGGAAAAGCUGACCAACUAACGUCAUCAGAGAAUGAAAAUCCUGAAGCCUACGAAGAUUGUUUCAGUAGACGUGUGUUGAUACUACUUUAUUUGUGGUGUAUGUGUAUCGGAUUACUGGCGUUCGCUUCCUUGGAUGGUCUUGGAAACUUCCUUUGUGAUAUCAAACAGCUGAUUUCUUGUCGGACCAACUGUGACCUGGAAAAGAAGGCAGUUGAAGUACUGCUGAGAGAAUGCGAUCAAAUCUGGAAUCCUGCGCAUCAUGACGCACGCUCGACUACCGAGCUUGACAGUUUGAAAAAGAAUAAUUCACGGAAGAAAUCAAGUCAAAAAUGUGGUGUUCUAUCUGGAACGCGGGCUUUGUUUACCCGUGGCAAACAGAUUGUCACAUCGCUGCCUUGUGCACUCCAACAGCUGUCUCACUAUACUCAUCAUGUGCAUCGCUCAAUAUACUAUACACCAUAUCAUUUGAAUCGUCUCAGAAUCGAACCGCACUCAUUGCCUUUCACCCCAAGAACCCAUACAAUCACCUUUCUGGUUUAUUUGGGCGAAGACCACAGAAAGGUCAUCCUCACUCUUCCUGUGGAUACAACUGUUCAGCGGAUAAAGUCCCGUCUCUCAUCCGAGCUACCGUUGGGCACUGAGAUAAAUGAUUAUGAAUUUGUAGAGGUACGUUCGACAGGCGAACGAAUCACAUACACAGAUGGUGAACGCGGUAUCCUGUUUAGUCUUUCUCCGAACAGCUGUUUGUUUUUCGUGCCUAGACAAGACCGAGCGAAGCUAGUACCACUUCCAAUUCAACUGAAUGUUGCCAUGAGCUUCUUGGAUCAAACCGAUCCUGGACGUUCUACGAUCGAUAUCCAACGGAAGGAAAGUAGCCUUUCCUCACCAAAGAUGAAGAAAUCGAUUUCUGUCUCACAGCGUUUCAGUGCACUUGAGGAGUUGAGUGUUGACGAAAUCGCCUCUAUUUUCACCUUUUCACAUAUCCAAUUAGCCAUGUGUAUAACUGCUAGUGAACUGUUGAACUAUACGAUGGGCAGCGAAAAAUCUGGUUGUGCGACGCCACACAUCCGGCUGCUGGUCGCUCAGUUUAGCCUGAUUCAUGCGUGGACCAUCACGCAGCUGGUCACAACGCCGGUGCUGAAUAAACGUGUACAGGUUUUGAAGCGACUGAUCAAGCUAGCAGAUCGUCUCAUUUCCUCGCCUUUUCACGACCAACAUACCUGUUUCGCCAUAGUGAUGGCGUUGCAGAGUGCACCGAUUUCACGCCUCACACAAACGUGGGAUCGACUCCCGGUACGAUGGAAGCGGUUAUAUCAAAAUCGGUUGCUGCCUCUUAUCGAUCCGGCGCGAAAUCACAGAGCGGCACGAAAUUGGAUCGCGGAGAACAUACAAAACUGUUUGCCUUUCUUAGCCAUACUGUUAAAAGAUUUACGAUUUGCCGAAGACGGGAAUAGUACAAUUUACGCGCAGCAGCAAUCGAGUAAGGUCAGACUGAUCAAUUUUGAAAAGAUGCGUCUCAUUGCUAGAACCCUUCACGUGUGGAACAUGGCGAUUUCAGGAUAUGAGGAAUUACACCCGUUUGCCAAGCGCAUGCACUAUCCACCCAGAGAACUGACGGCAACCGGGGAACUUCAGCUCAUUUCACAAACGCUGCAGUCAAUAUCUUCGGAAGUCUUGGAAUUAUUCUACGAUCAUAUGGAGUGUAUCGAUGAUUUGCAAUUGCUAAACCAGUUAGCCUGGAGAAUCGAACCAAAAAAGUAA